AAACGGAACGAGGGCCAUGAGAAACGACUACUGGCAGCGCUAGUGCGGGAAUUAAAACAAAUUGCAAUCAUGCCGAUGAAGGGUCGGUUUCCGAUAAGAAGAACUCUGGAGUAUCUUCAAAAAGGAGAAAUUGUCUUCAAAAAUUCCGUGAAGAUUAUGACAGUUACUUACAACACGCAUGGAGAACUGAGCGACGGCGCAAGGAAAUUUGUGUUCUUCAACGUGCCUCAGAUUCAGUACAAAAACCCAUGGGUUCAAAUUAUGAUGUUCAAAAACAUUACACCGACGCCAUUUCUCAAAUUUUAUCUCGAUGAUGGAGAACAGGUGUUAGUCGACGUCGAGGGUAAAGAUCAUAAAGAAAUAACGCAGCAUGUUAAGAAGAUCCUGGGGAAGUCAGAAAAAGUCCUGCAGGCAGAAGUCCUUGCCAAGAUGGAGUCUUCAAAUCCAGCGAAUUUUGGUCCGAAAAAAUACUUCCUGCGGGAGUGUAUGAGUGAAGUGGAGGGCCAGGUGCCCCACCCUGGUCUGGUUCCUCUGCCCAAAGAGAUGACAGGAAAGUACCGGGCCAAAAUGGCUGCCAGCUCAGAGGACUGAGAAACG